GGUGUCUAGGUCGGAAUUGAACCCACGAUCUCCUGCAUUCCAAGCGAGGUAGUUAACAUCGCCACCAUAGCACCCUAUGGUUUAGAUCUUAGGGUUACGGUAGUUUAAUCAGGGUAGUUUAUCUAAUUAUAUUUUUUUAUUAAAUAGCAUAAGCAAAAUAUUAAUUAGUUUAACAUGUAGACUUUCGCGACCAAAUAUUAUCCAUAACGUUUUUUUUUUGUGUUAGGUUGCGCAAAAUAUAAAGGUAUCAUUAAACACGCCACCACCCUAGAGCCUGUUCCCCAUUCUUAUGAAAUGCAGAUUUACGCUUAAGGUAUCUUUUUUAUCAUCAACGUUAUUGGAUUUAAUUUAACGAGCACCACUAAAAUGACGAAGAUUCACGCUGGGAACGUUUUUUUCCCAAUGUAGCCAAAACUAAAUCGUUUGUUCUUAAGUCUUAAUAACACUUCAUUUUUCCAGGUCACCAAUCGCAGUUUCAACAACAACAUGGCGCCCGAAAUAAGCGUCAUGGGUGUGGCCUACACGCAGGCGGUGAACGAAGAUUAUGCGGUGACAAGCUACGACCGAGGCCACCUCAACCCCAGUUCUUAUCACUGCGACGAGGAAAGAACGGCCACUUUCACCUUGACGAAUGCCGUCCCGCUGGAUCGGUCCUUCAACGGAUUGAAAUGGAGAAAAUACCAAAAUGAAACCCAAUACAUCGUGAAGGAAAAGUGCCCAUCGCCUUCUGUAGCUUACUUCAUCACUGGUGCCAUUCCCUCAAAGUUCAAAAUUCCCAUCGAUCCCGACGACGCACUGGAAAAUGAAACCAGAGCGUAUGACAGAGUCACCAUUCCAGAUUACGUGUGGUCAGCAGUGUGCUGUGACCACGUACACAGGAACGAAGGAUUUAGUUUUGGCUACAUUGGGAAAAACAUUCCCGCCGUGGAAAUUCGGCCAAUGACAAUUGAGCAUCUCGAAAGAGAGUUGGCGAGGUUAUACUCGUACGGCAGACUGAGUCUCUUCAAUGACGCAUGCAAUGGGAGAAAUAGCAUUGCGGCCAAUGUCAUCGUCGCUUUGAUCACGGCGAACAUCGUGAGGUACACAGCGUCCUUUGCAGAGUUUCCACAGUCGAUUUCGCCAUCUGAACAGAAACUCCUGAACAGCAGCCUUGGCAACAUCUACUCUGGCGGGACAAGCAGCACCAGGACCAACGUGGACAGCAUCAGGAUAAGGUUGAAGUUCGACAGCAACAAAGACUGGUUCGACCACGUGCGGGUGCUGCGUAAAGAGAGCGGUCUGGCCUGCGUUCACACUGAUUCAUUGCCGGAGUCCGGUGAGCUAGCAUUACAGACGGCAGCGACUUCCUGUAUACUGGAGGAGCAGAGGCACAAUCAGAACGCAGUCACUGCCCACGGGAUCCCGUGCAGACCCGACUUCGCGUGCGGCACCCACGAUCACAAGGCAUCGUGGUGUUAUACCAGCUACUCGAAGCACUGGGACCACUGCUGCACUUCGGAGUGCACCUAUCAAGCGUCACACAAUGGGUACGUGUGCAUGUCGGCCAUCAAGUGGGUCUCGUGCUCGCCGGCAUACUCCAUGAUGACCGUGAGUGGGAGACGGUGCCGAUUUGAUUUCCCGUGUGGCUCCCACUCCAAGCAGUACUUCUGGUGCUACACGGACAUGAACAAUAACUGGGAAUAUUGCUGUGCACCAGAUACGUAUUGCCACAAGAAUGGUAAGUCGUUCGACGGGUGCUACGUCGACGUGAUAGGGAAGAAACUUCUAGAGUGUCGCAACUCUCUGGCACCGAGUAAUGGGCUGGAAUAGUAGCCUCUACAAGCUGCCAAAUUACUCACCACAACGUUAUUAUAUUACUCGAGAUUCAUAAAGCAAUUUUCAUUCCUCCACACAGCAGAGGCCCAUAUCUAAAUACAAUACGUAGUUACGUUAUGACAUGACCAUACCUGUCAACCCCUUAUCAGUGCCAAUCUUAUUGCAGAUCAAUUCAGACCUUAUUGGUCAC